AUGGAAGUUGAUAAUUCUAAUUCUCCUUCUACUGCUUCAACUGGUGAUACAACCUCAAAAAAAAGAUUCGACGUAAAAAAAUGGAAUGUUGUAGCAUUAUGGUCAUGGGAUAUUACCGUUGACACAUGUGCUAUCUGCCGAAACCAUAUUAUGGAGCUUUGUAUAGAAUGCCAAGCCAAUCAAGCUGGGGUAACAGAUGAAUGCAAUGUUGCUUGGGGUACAUGUAAUCAUGCUUUCCAUUUCCAUUGCAUAUCGAGAUGGCUCAAAACAAGGCAUGUAUGUCCAUUAGAUAACUCCGAGUGGGAUUUCCAAAAGUAUGGUAAUUAA